AUGAAGUCUUCAAUAUUGAAUACACUUUUUAUCUUAACAAUAGCAUAUUUAAUAGUUCAAGUACAAAAUAAGGAAUGUACGUGCGGUAGUUUGGGACAAGGUUCAAAUCCUUGCACUUCUAACGAGGUUGUUGUGAAAGCUACAAAAUUACCAAAACCUACACAUUAUGUAUCACCACAAGAAAUCAAGAAUGCUGCAAAUGCAAAAAUUAGUCAAACUGAUUGCUCUAAUUCACAAAGUAAUAGCAACUCUAUUCCUCAAAGUAGCAGUGAUUCAAAGAGCAAUACUUGUGGAUGUAAUGAAAAUACAUACAAUAACAAUAAUUUAAAAACACAAAGUGAAAGUAGUGCAACUGCAUAUAGCUGUUCUGGUUCAACUAAUUCUGAUAAUUCUAAUGAAUCUAAACAAAAUUUAGAAACAUUGGAAGAUUCUAAUAAUUUCAAUGGCAAUGUUGCACCUAGAUUUUCACCAAUUGGAGAUUUAUGUUAUCCUCUUCCAAUAGAACCUAAUAGUGGAAAAUUAAUAGAAAAAACUAAGGUUACACCAGCUUAUCCUGGCAAACUUGUAUGUUGUCCUCCUUCAAUUCCUUAUGAAACAUGUAUAAACACAGCUAUUGGAAAAACUGAAAUUAUAUCUAAUUCUGAUCCCAAAUCAUUUAGUACAUCUAAUUCAUAUGGAAAUAUGAACUUUGAAACAAAUUCUGCAAUGUAUAAUAAUUUACCUAUUUUUAAUUUAAAUAAUGGAAAUGGACAAAAACAAUAUUCAAAAAUGAGCAGCAGUUCUUCAGAUUGUUUUGAUUAUAUUACAGAUGAAAUUCAAGAUCAUAAUUCAUAUCCAGCAGCAAUGCCAGCAGAUGCAGUUUCUCUUACUCUUGCAUACAAAAAUCUUCGUGCGCCAAAUGUAAUUUAUAGACAAGGAAAACAAUUUGUUCCAGAAGAUAAAUUAUCUUUUGGUCAUAGAACACUACCAACUGAUGUAAAAAAUGAAAAUCAAAUUCUUGAUAUUGCAGAAGAAAAAUUAGUAACAGUUAACAAACCUGUUGUAGAAUUAAAAUUAGCACCUCCAAAAACUGUUGUUAUUGGUUCCUAUGAUGAACAAGAAGAGGCUAAAUUAGCAGAACUUGAAGCAAUUGAACGUGAAAGUAUAACACAAGAAGAAACUUCUAAUCAAAUGUCAGAAAGUCUUAUUACUUACAAAGAUUUAGGCUAUGCACCAGUAAAUGCAAAUUAUCCAAAAUCUACAAGUUAUAAUCAAGGAAUAAGCAAUAUGAAAAUUGAUGAGAGUGAAGAAGAACCAUGUGGAUCUUUGGGACCAUCUAGACCAGAUUAUAUUCCAGGCAGAAUAAUAGUCCAAGAAAAUCUUUUUAAUGAAAAUAUGGAACUUCAGACUUCAGGAUCUAAGUCAUGUCCAACAUAAUAUAUCAAAUAAUGCAAGAUUUGAUUUUUUAAGUUCAAAUUAUACUAAAAUUGUACAUUAAAAUUUUUUGUUAAUAAAUGAAAAAUUAUUUAUUUUUUU